UGCGCGUUGCCGCGUUGAGCGAACGUGUCUGUCCACGCCAAACGCUCCUAUCACCGGAAUCGGACUACAUCAAUUAAACAUGACCGUACACGACUCGGUGACAGUUUUUCAAUACUUGUUUUAGUGAUCCUUACCCGUAGUGUAGGCACCCGAUGCCCCGGUAAACGACCGGGCCAGAUAGGGAAGCUGUGCCGGUCUCACGCCCGAGCCCACUCCGACUACGGAGGAAUGCGGUAAUUUUAACUACUGCGGAGCUGGGGACCGUUCACUGUAAGGGAGCAGGCGAUUCCUUUUCAUAAUAAGGCAGCCGAAUGCAGCCACUGGUGAUGCAUCGAGGAUGAGUCGCCGCGCGCGGCCGUGACAUGGGAGCGCAGGCAUGGGCUGGCGCGCCGUGCAACCGCCGCACAUCGCCGCCGGCUUGCUCCUACUGCUACUAGUCAACCUGCCAGUAACCUGCCAUCAAGAUCACCAAGAUGCUGUGCACAUCACAGCGAUCCUCGGCGAGAGCGUGGUGUUCAACUGCCAGGUGGAUUUCCCCGAAGACAUCCCGGUGCCGUACGUGUUGCAGUGGGAGAAGAAGGUAGGCGAAACGGGACAGGACAUUCCGAUCUACAUCUGGUAUGAAAGCUACCCGACGCACAGCGGGGAGGGCUACGAAGGCCGAGUGUCGCGGGUCGCGCCCGACUCUCCGUACGGUGCGGCUAGCCUCAACCUCACCAAUAUCCGGGAAUCUGAUCAGGGUUGGUACGAGUGUAAGGUGGUAUUCCUCAACCGUUCCCCGAACCAGCACAAAAACGGCACCUGGUUCCACCUCGACGUGCACGCACCACCACGGUUCUCCAUCACACCGGAAGACAUUAUAUACGUUAAUUUAGGAGAUGCUAUUAUUCUCAACUGCCAGGCGGAGGGAACCCCCACGCCUGAGAUCUUGUGGUACAAAGAUGCGAAUCCCGUGGAGCCGUCGGGCACAGUGGGUAUUUUCAACGACGGCACUGAACUGCGCAUCAGCAACAUCCGACACGAGGACAUCGGCGAUUAUACGUGCAUCGCGCGCAACGGCGAGGGGCAGGUGUCCCACACGGCGCGAGUCAUCAUCGCAGGCGGCGCCGUCAUUACGAUGCCACCAACGAACCAAACGAAGCUAGAAGGCGAGAAGGUGCAGUUCUCAUGCGAGGCGAAGGCGUUGCCUGGCAACGUGACGGUGAAGUGGUUCCGUGAGGGCGCGCCCGUGGCGGAGGUGGCGGCGCUGGAGACGCGCGUCACCAUCCGCCGCGACGGAGCGCUCGUUAUUAAUCCCGUCGCCGCCGACGACUCUGGACAAUAUCUGUGCGAAGUCUCCAACGGAAUAGGGGACCCGCAGAGCGCUUCAGCCUACCUCAACGUUGAAUACCCAGCUAAAGUGACCUUUACACCUACAGUGCAGUACCUGCCGUUUCGUUUGGCGGGAGUGGUGCAAUGUUACAUAAAAGCUAAUCCACCGCUGCAGUAUGUGACGUGGACGAAGGACAAAAGAUUGUUGGAGCCUUAUCAAACAAAGGACAUUGUGAUAAUGAAUAAUGGCUCGCUUUUAUUCACUCGUGUAAACCAAAACCAUCAGGGGCGAUACACAUGCACACCUUAUAACGCUCAAGGGACUCAAGGUUCUUCAGGUCCGAUGGAAGUGCUAGUGAGAAAACCACCAGUUUUCACAGUGGAACCGGAGCCUUUAUACCAACGAAAGGUGGGGGAGUCAGUAGAGAUGCACUGCGAGGCACAGGAGGCGGAAGGCACUCAGCGACCAAGCGUACAGUGGCGACGGCGCGACGGAUUACCCUUGCAGAAGACGCGCGUGAGAGCGGCGGGCGGGAACAUCACCAUCGACACGCUGCGCCGCCAGGACUUCGGCAUCUACCAGUGCGUCGCCUCCAACGAGGUGGCGACGAUAGUGGCAGACACGCAGCUAGUGAUAGAAGGCACUCAACCUCACGCGCCGUACAACGUAUCAGGGACGGCGACAGAAUUUCAAGUGACGCUGCGCUGGCACCCGGGCUACGCGGGCGGGCCCGAUUACAAGCAAGACUACACCAUCUGGUACCGCGAGGCCGGCUUCUCAGAGUGGAUCAAAGUGCCCGUCACUCCAUCAGGCGCCACCUCGGUAACGAUAAAUCGCCUGCAGCCAGGAACCACAUACGAAUUUCAAGUUAACAGCAAGAAUACGAUAGGGGAAGGAAUGAUGAGCAAAGCUAUUACUAUAAGAACUUUAGAUGUAGGCGCGAAGCCGAAGGCACCGGCCACUCCCCCCGGGCCAGUAGACGAAAAGAUAUUUAAGAACGCACCCGAAGGCUCUGGUCCUAAAUCCGGUCCACCACGAAAUCUGACGGUGACAGAGGUGCACAACGGGUUCCUUAUCACAUGGCAAGCUCCCCUCGAGAGGGCCAACCUCGUGCAAUACUACACUAUCAAGUACCGCACCGACGCGCAGUGGAAAACGCUGAACCGAGGGCAAAUACGCCCCGAAGAGACCAGCUACCUUGUGAAAAAUCUAGUCGGCGGCAGGACUUACUACUUCCGAGUCCUGGCCAACUCGGCCACCAGCUACGAGAGCUCGGAGGAAGUGAAGUUCCCCGUGCCGGCACGCGUCAAGCACAAGGCGAUAACGGCGGGCGUGGUCGGCGGCAUCCUGUUCUUCAUAGUGGCCAUCAUCCUCUCUGUGUGCGCGGUCAAGAUAUGCAACAAGCGCAAGCGACGCAAGCAGGAGAAAGCAUACAACAUGGUAGCCGCGCGUCUGACAGAUCUUCGCGCCGCCGAUAGCACUCAAGUGCCUUUUAAAAAAUUUAGAGAACGCGGAAUAUCGAGUAUAGUGCAAUGUCUGCGGUUCACCGUGAACUGGAUAUGGCCAGCGUCGCGGUGCGGCGGCAGCGAGGCGCAGUACUGGCGGUCCGUGCGCCGCGUGUCGCCCGCGCCCCCCUCGCUGGCCUCCACCGCUCCCUCCGUCGCGCCCUCCGUCGCGCCCUCGCCCGCGCCCUCCUCCUCCGACGACGGCGGCUUCCUGCCGCGGGUGCGCGCGCCGCUCCGGCCCGCCGCCGCGCCGCCGCUGUUCCGCGCCUCGUCCCCCGCGCUCGCCCUGCACUGGCCCCCGUGGCCGCCGUGGCCCCCCUGGGCGGCCGCCUGGACUCCGUGGUCCCCGCUUCACGUGUCAGACCUCAGCUCAGUUCCGUUCCCGAGCUCCGCAGACGGGUCCUUCCCGACGCCGCCCUCGCCCUUCCGAAUGCGCAACGUUCGCCUGGAACCGAUGACCCGCGCGGGCGCCCUGCGACCUCGCGCCCGCCCGCUCUCGCGGCACGCGCGGCCUCGCACCGCCCUCGACCCGCCGCCCCCGCACGAGGCGUCGCCGGAGAGCCGGAGCUCGUCGAGCGGGUUCGGCAGCAAGAACGCGUCGUCGUCGCAGCACAACCGCAGCAGCCGCACGGGCAGCCUGGCGGAGUGGCGGCCGCCGCCGUACCGGCCGCCGCCGCCGGCCCCGGCACAGUUGCCGCUGCCGCUGCCGCGCCCCGGGUCGGGGUCCGGCGAGGCGGUGGACGCGGGCUCGGUGGACGUGCACUACGAGUGGGACCGCGCCACGCGCACGCCGACUCCGUCGACGCCUGAGCGGCCGCGCGCGCGCCCGGCGCGGGACGAUGUGGAGGCGCGCGUGCGGGCGAUGAAGGAGGAAUUCUUGGAGUUCCGCAAGCGGCAGGCGUUGCGGCGCCGCUCGCCGGAGCCGGUGUCGCCGCUAUCGGCGUUCGCGCCGCCGCCGCCUCCCGCCGAGACCGUCUGCUGAUCAUCGUCUCGUCUGCUAGUCGAUAUCGCUCAAUUCUUUUUCGAGAAAUAACGAAUAGAUUUGUAGUGAGGCGUCUAGGAGUAAAUAUAAUUAGCGAUAUCAGAACCCCCCGGGAAAUAUCAUCGUAGAUGACCGUCGGGCACCCCUGCGUUUUCCUACAUGGAGACGUUUCCCUCGACUAUCAUAUAAGAUUUGAGACGGAUCGCUCGACUCAUUCCACUCGACCGAUGUGUGAUAUACCUACGUAUUUAUCUUUUUUUAAAUAAAUGUAAACACCGUUAGACUCGGCGAUCCAAUGGCAGAGGGCACAAAUCUGGGGUAGGUGAUAGAUUUGAUACGAUCACUGUUAAUGUAGCAUAAUAAAAAUCCCACCUGUGUAGCUAGCGCAGCGAAAGGCGCCGGCGACCGUAAUAUAGCUAGUUUAUAGAACCGACUUCAGUCGCAUAAAUCUGUUCGACUGUACAAGUACGUAUUUGUAUAAUAUUGAUAAAGUGGAUGCCGUGACGACGGGUUCGCACUGCCCACUCGCCGCUGUAACAUUUAUUAAAUGUCAAUUAAAUAUAUAUUCGUCGCGAUUUCAUAACUUUUGUAUGAUUCGUUUGGGAAUAUCAGUCGUGACUCUAUAUUCGAAAGGGUCUCACCGUUAGGAAGGCGUUGACUAGAUUCAUUCAUAUGUAUAAAAUGUCAAUCUGACCUUUAAACGGACUGUGGAAUGUGUGCCAUAAUAGAAUUGCCUCGUGAAUAUGCUCGUGAUACACACACAAAUUAGGCUAAUAUGGCGAAGUGUGAGCAGGAGGGCAGGCAGUGCGAAAGGCCGCGUACACCUAAACGCUUUAGGUAUGAGCGGGGAGCAUCCACUACACCGCUCAUACCAACAUUAUAUUGUAGUUAUUAUUAUAACUAAUUACAAAUAACGACUUAUUGUGGAGCGCAAGCGGCCUACGUUCGCUCGCCGCGACAAAGACACUAGUAUACAUUUUAAAUAGGACUCACACAAUAAGCGUUAAGUACCUACGGCGGCGCACGAAUAUAGGCGGCUGCGACUCUUUAUAAAUAAUAUACACAAAAUAAUCGUAAGUAGAGACUAGAAGUAAAGUAGAACAAGACGAGAACGUAUAUAGAAGGAUUUAUUUGUUGCAUAUUUUGAAUUCAUUAUUUUACGAGUACAAAUUUUUUAUUUUUUAUUCUUUAUGUACCUACCUUGAUAUAAUUUAAAUAAAAACUGUAAAUAUGUAAAAAAACAUAUUAGAUAUUAUAUAUAAUUACUAGGUACAUUUAUUUAUUUAGGGGUUGAUAUGAUUGAGGUUCUACAGAACUUAUUGCCAUUGCUUGUUGUGGGGCACACACGAUACAGUUAGUACCUACACACUUAGCGUUUUAUCUUAUUUCCUAUUUAUUUGUUCAUUUUAAUUUAUUUUAUUCGUAGAUUUAUAUAUCUUUCCCACGUGGGUAUUGCCCUAAUGAAGCGAUAGUUAAAGUUCAAUCGAAUGUUUUGUUUCUUUUGCCUAUUGUUUUUUCUAUAGGUUCCUGAAUUGAUCCCACCUAAUAGUUGACCAGUCAUCGGAAAGACUGUUUAGAAUUACGUUUGUUGUUAAGUUUUGUCAUUAAAAUGGAUUCAUUCAUGUCCUUGCACGCGUCUUACACUUUUUAAAAAACUUGUGUUUGUUAACUGAUGUUUUUGUUGAAUUCAUCUAAUUGAGAUGAGAACCUCAUAAGGCAUAAUUAUAAAAAUGUACGCUUUAAAGAAAUUUGAAUAAAUUACUCAUAACAAAUAGCUAGGUAGGUAUGAUAAGGGGUAGUUAUGUGUGUGCGUGCGUGGAAUCGCCCGGCCCGCGUCUACACCAUAGAGGUAUAAGAAUAGAGUGGGGAAGGCGGCUCUAAAAGUGUCCGUCUAGUAGAAAGAAAAAGAAGAUGAGAGACCGCUAGCUAUCUCUCUCUCUUGUGACGCAUGGCACCCAAUGGUAUCACAUCGAAAUAGUAAGAUGCUUACGGUUGCCAAUGCGCAUGCGCAAUUAGAGAGAGAAAGCUAGCAGUCUCUAAUCUUCUUUCUCUUUCUAUUAGAGGGACACUUCCACUUGUAGUUGAGUCUAUAUCUCCCCUACUCUAUUCUUAUAUCUCUAUGGUCUACACUGUCGAAGACGACACCUGAAUGUAAGCUAAUCAUACUACACAUCAAUACAAGUUUUUUUUAUCAUUUAUUAACAAUAUCCGUAGGUGAUUUACGCCAUAGAGAACGUUUAGAGAUUAAAAUUAGAAUCGACGACAUGUGCAAUAAAUUUAUAGCUACUGGUUCUGUAAUAAUAGUGAUAAUUAUGUUAAUCAUAAUGCUCAAUAUUUUCGACUGACCAACUCUAAAAUUGUAACGUUACAAGUGAAUUAUACUUGACUUGAGGCCGUAAUGCGAAUUUAUUGUUUGGCAGCGAGUUGUUUUGACCGGUGCUCGAGAGAAAUACGGUCGCGGACUAAAGAUAGAAUGUCUGUCUAUCCAUAUACUUCGGUGCUGUAGUGACAGAAUUAUCCGAAUUCUGAUACCACUUAAUACAAUGAAUUCCAACAUCAUCACACGUACAAUAAAUUGCAUGUAAGUACAUUUAUAGAUAUUUCGGCGAUUUCUGGCAGUAGACAUAUCGCGAUAAUGAUAUGGAAAACGAGUAGGUACCUAUUUUAUUUAAGUAAUAACAUGCCUAAACUUCACUUCCUAUGACAAGCACACAUUCAUUAAUUAGGUACAUUGAUAUAAUAAAAUGUUUAUCUACUUUAAAACAUACACACGACAUUCGACCAUAGACGCAUCUACAUAAAUAUAGCCCACGCGAUAAAAAGUUUAUGUAGUUCGUGUAAGUUUUAUAUGGCCAUUUACUUCAAGUUAUUUCUAAUCUUUUUUUAUUUACAUUCUCAUCAGCUCAUAAAUGGUACAACCGAGAAAGUCAUCUGUUCCCAUUCUACUAGUAUAUUAUUAUUUUGUCACUUUACGGAUGUACAAGAUUAUGGAAGAAUGAAAAAUGAUAAUAUAUAGCUCAAACCAUGUGAUAUCUAGUCUUUUUCCAAUAUUAAAAAAAUAUCCCUUCUUUACCUAUUAAACUUACAUUAGCCAUAAAAAAACUAUCAAAGUGUAUUGAUUGAUGAAUGUUUUUUUACGUAAUAGCCGGUAAUUAGUAAGUAUUACCGGUGAGUCAGCUGCUGGGGCACAUUAUUUUAAGAUUAAUAUAAAUUUGAACGAACACGUACAACACCAUAAUUGUCAUUUAUUUUAUUACAAUCGAAAUAUAUUUCCCACUUACGUGAAACUUCUAGCAUUUUCGAUCAUAGCCUAAAGUCACUCGACACACUCUAUAGACUAAAUUGAAAAGAUAGCAAUAUAUUAGAAUAAUGUAACUAAAUCGUAUAUAUCAGUUUGUAUAAAGGAAACUAAGUAAACGAAGUAAUGUGCACAUUGGCAGAAAAGCGGUGAAACAGGGGCACCUGAAUAUUUAAAAAGAACUUACGACAUAUUGCACUGUAUCUGAGCACAAUAAGUGAUAAAAAUAAUAAUACAAUAUUCAUAGCAAUCAUAUGGGCACUUAACGUUACUCCAAUAAUUUGAAUAAAUCCACUCGUUCGCCUCGAUUGGAAACGAAAAUGCACAAGCUACAAUUUUAUAACUCGAAAUAAUAUCCAUUAUUUUAAUUUUUAGAAUACUUUUAGUUGUAAGUGUUGAGGUCAUGUGUUUACCGUGUAAGCACGAAAAGGAUUCAAUUCAAAAAAUAAAAAUACAAUAACGUUGCUAUGAUUAUCAUGUGGUAUCAUUU